CAUAACCCAUAAAUGUUUUAUAGGGAGAUCGCGAACACCAGUAGUUUAUAAUUUUAAUGGCUUAGAACGGGAGGAAGUUAUUUAUUUUGAUUAUCUAGCGAACAAAAUGUACCAUAAGGCACUUGCAGUCCGUUUAGCGUAUGGUUCCAUGUCACUUUUCAUAGCGAUUCUCCAUAAUGUUUUCCUUCUGUAUUACGUCGACAUAUUUGUUUCCGUUUACAAAAUCGAUCGCAAUUCCUUUUGGCUCGGAGAGGCAAUAUUUCUGGUAUGGAAUUCUCUCAAUGAUCCACUGUUUGGCUGGCUGAGUGACCAUAGAGCCCUCGGGAAGGAUCAGUCAGGCAUGAGCCAAUCAGAGAUUAUACAAAAGCGUUUUAGGUCACUUUUAAUGUAUGGACCACUGUUUACACUAUCUUUCUUAUGCAUAUGGUUCCGCUGGGGUCAUCCAUCGAUCCAGUUUGUUAUCUGUCUGUGUUUGUAUGAUGGUUUCCUAACAAUGAUCGACUUGAACCAUCUGGCAUUGCUUGCUGACUUGGCUUUGUCGUCAGAAGAUCGCACCACUCUUAACUGGUACUGUUCAGUGUUCAGUGGAUGUGGCUCAUUGUCUGUGUUCCUGUCAUACCAGUUUUGGGAUAGAGACAAUAUGGUUCCGUUUCAUAUAUUUUGUGCUAUUCUCACCAUGUUCUCCUUGACUGGAUUUCUGGUCAGUUCUUUUUUGCUUAAAAAGCACUUUGCCACUAAGAAAGUUAAAGUGGACACUCCUGACCAAGAGGAAAGGAAAGAUGUCCAAAUAUCCACUGUUUCAGAUGCUGAUCAGACCCUUGAGCUAAAGAUUUUUGUCAAGCAAUUGAUGAAUCAUUCAAACUUCAUUUGGUUUGCUCUUAUGAACUUAAUACAGGUGUUUCACUGCCAUUUCAACAGUAACUUCUUUCCCCUGUUUCUCGACAAAUUACUGGGAGACUCAAUUUCGCCUCAGACAGGCGCCAUUUUGUUGGGCGUGUCCUUCGUCGCCCCUCAUAUCAACAACUUAUAUUUCCUGGGUCUGUGUCGUCGCUUUGGCGUCUACACUGUAAUAAAGUGGUUAUUUUACGUCAAGCUCUCUCUAAGCGUAAUCAUGCUUAUGGUCGGUCCCAAUUGGCCUGGCUUGCUUUGUUUUUACAUAGCAAGCAAUCGUGUCUUCACCGAAGGAACAUGCAAACUACUGAAUCUGAUUAUCAGUGAUCUUGUCGACGAAGACUUUGUUCUUCACAAUCGUAAACAAGCUAUAUCAGCAUUGAUAUUUGGAACUUCUGCACUCUUCUCUAAACCUGGCCAAACGCUAGCUCCUCUGAUUGGAACAUGGCUUCUGGCGGAGCAAACAGGCCAUUCUCUCUUUUACUCCGACGAUCUUUGGGCGUCUUCUUCAACCGACAGAACUAGUUUCCACGAUAGUGCAAAUAGCACUUUACGCUGGGGCUGCUUUUAUGUACUUGUAUACGUGCCUAUCGCGUGCGCGUGUUUUCAGAUUCUCGUUUGGACGAGGUUUAAACUUCACGGCAGCAGAUUGCAAUGGGUCAAACAAAUGCGCGAAGGACCCUGGUUCCCCUUCUCGGAGGUUUAGAAUUUUUUCGAAAAAAGAGGGUUUUUAUUCAUGGAAAUCGUAGAUAAAACCAGGGCAAUUAACUGAGGGUAAACGUAUCUGAUAUUUUAAAAGAAUAAGGACUAAAAUCAAAUAUGCGCCAGUGGAACCAACGUGCCGGGUUUUCGAGCGCUUUUGCUCUCAGUCGUGUUGUUAGUUUUUGAGAAAUUAAUUUUGAAAGAGGAGGGAACAACCUAUUUCAGAUCAUAUCAAAAUAGAUAUAUUUUGGUAAUACAUGUAUAAAGAGAAAGGUAUGAGGAAUACGAAAUGUCUUUAAAUUGUUCUCCUUCAAACAUCGUGUCUUUCCUCUCCGUUUUCUUUGUUGAGGGUAUUUGCACGUAAUUAUGACAUAAAUUAAUUCAGGAAUACCUGAUUGAGUCGGCGGUGAACAGAUUUUAUUAAAGAUGGUUAUUACAUAG